CUAGGGUUUAGUAUCACUUUCCUCUUCGUAGUUCGCAGCUUGGGAGCGCUUAGCUGCAGGAGGCACGACACGAGAGUCUCAGUUCGCAGCUUGGGAGCGCUUAGCUGCAGGAGGCACGACACGAGAGUCUCAGGAGGAGAAAAAUGUCUCACAGGAAGUUUGAGCACCCAAGGCACGGUUCCCUCGGUUUCCUUCCGAGGAAGAGAGCAAACCGCCACAGAGGAAAAGUGAAGGCAUUCCCCAAGGAUGACCAAUCCAAGCCGUGCAAGUUCACGGCCUUCAUGGGUUACAAGGCUGGUAUGACCCACAUUGUCAGAGAAGUCGAAAAGCCUGGAUCCAAGCUCCACAAGAAGGAGACUUGUGAGGCUGUCACCAUCAUUGAGACACCUCCAAUGGUGGUUGUCGGUGUUGUUGCCUAUAUCAAGACCCCUCGUGGACUUCGUUCCUUGAACACUGUUUGGGCUCAGCAUUUGAGCGAGGAGGUCAGGAGAAGGUUCUACAAGAACUGGUGCAAGUCCAAGAAGAAGGCCUUCACCAAGUACUCCAAGCAGUAUGAGACUGAUGAGGGCAAGAAGGAUAUCCAAUCUCAGCUUGAGAAGAUGAAGAAGUAUGCUUCUGUCAUCCGUGUUUUGGCCCACACUCAGAUAAGGAAGAUGAAGGGUUUGAAGCAAAAGAAGGCACAUCUGAUGGAGAUCCAGGUCAAUGGCGGGACUGUUGCACAGAAGGUGGACUUUGCAUACGGUUUCUUUGAGAAGCAGAUCCCGAUCGAUGCGAUUUUCCAGAAGGAUGAAAUGAUUGACGUUAUUGGUGUCACUAAGGGUAAGGGUUACGAGGGUGUCGUCACCCGUUGGGGAGUUACCCGCCUUCCUCGCAAGACUCACAGAGGUCUACGUAAGGUGGCUUGUAUCGGUGCCUGGCAUCCUGCUAGAGUAUCCUUCACUGUGGCUAGGGCUGGUCAGAAUGGUUACCACCACCGUACUGAGAUGAACAAGAAGGUCUACAGGAUCGGUAAGGCUGGUCAGGAAUCUCACUCAGCCAUGACAGAAUAUGACAGAACUGAGAAGGAUGUGACACCAAUUGGAGGGUUCCCUCACUAUGGGGUAGUGAACAGUGAUUACUUAAUGAUAAAGGGAUGCUGCAUGGGUCCGAAGAAGAGAGUGGUGACCCUUCGCCAGUCGCUCCUCACCCAGACUUCCCGAUUGGCUCUCGAAGAGAUCAAACUCAAAUUUAUCGACACAUCCUCCAAGUUUGGACAUGGCCGUUUCCAGACCACCCAGGAGAAGCAGAAGUUUUUCGGUCGGGUCAAGGCUUAGAAGACUCUGCCAUAUUCAUCUGUUGCCUAAGCUGUUUACGUCCUGUUUCAAGUGUUUUUUUGUUUUUCCAUUGUCUGUCUUGAAACCUUGAGAGAGGCUCCUCCGUAACAUUCUCA